AUGGCCCAGCAUCUCCGAUUUCAACUCUCUAGGUUGGUUAGGGUUACCUCACCCAAAGCCCUUGCCGACCCAACUACUGACCACAAGGCAGUGGUGAUUUUGAAAGGGUUGUCUCCCUUGGUUUGGUAUAAGAGUUGUCCUUCUCCACCGUUCCCAUCUAACUCGGGCUGUUGUGCUCAGAGACCACUGCUGGAUUGCCGUUACACCGGUUAUGAUGGUGCUCGUCGUUCUAGCUACUGUCACCCAGGUUGUGACAGGCCAUUUGUUAAUCCACGAGGCUGUGGAGCUAUUUUGACCCAUAGCUGGGUUCUAGGUGGAUGGCCUAUCAUUACUGUGUUCUUGUCUGAAGCACUGGAUAGACCAGGAUGUCAGUCCCCUCAUAUUUUCCUCAGUACACAUUACCAUGGCAUUAUACAACAAAGUCUAAUUCCAAGAGUUCCAAAUGUCAAAUAUCUGACACUUGAGACAUUACAUAAUGGUGAAGAAUUAGUUUUCUUGUACCAGCUAGUGGAAGGUCAUACUUCUUCAAGUUACGCUUGCCAUGUUGCAACACAAGCAGGACUUCCAAGUACGAUCGUCAAGAGAGAGACAGAGGUAUCUCAAUUGAUAAGACAAUGUAAACCCGUGCAGAGACGAGAUACCGUGGCAACUGAAACUCAAUUUAAAAGAUGCCAGACAAUUGUUAACAGAUUUAUGGACCUGGAUCUUGAAACUGCAGACCUCAAAUCUUUCCUGACCGGUUUUGUUCUGCCAACCAUUGAUGGAAAAAUGUGAACAUGAACAGCCUGGAAUGUUCUAUUAAGUCCAUUUCAUGAAAUUGCUUAAAUUACAUUCACUCUUCCUGGUUUUGAUGAAAAAUUGUAAACAUGAAUGAACUGACAUGUGCCUGUACAUUGGUUUCAAGAAAUUGCUGACUUUGGAUUUAUUCUUCCAUUCAUUUAUGGAAAAUUGUAAACAUUACAAUUUUGUUGUUGUUUUCUAAACAUUUCAUGGAAUAUUUAAAUUUAGAUUUAUUCAUCUGGAUAGUAAAGGAAACUAAUUUUUACUGAUAAAAUCAGGGUAACGCUCAUUGUGUACAUUGACAUCUAGAUUUGUUUUCCUGUUCCUUGCAUGUCUUUGCUGACAGCAGCUGAUCCUGCCCAUGUGACCAAUGAAGCAUUCUGGCCAUGUGAUCAAUGCAAACCAAUGCAGCAUUCUGUCCAUGUGACCAAUUAAGCAUUCUGCCCAUGUGAUCAAUGCAAACCAAUGCAGCAUUCUGUCCAUGUGACCAAAGAAGCAUUCUACUACCCAUGUGACCAAUGCAAACCAAUGCACCAUUCUGUACAUGUGACCAAUGCAGCAUUCUGUACUUGUGACCAAUGCAGCAUUCUGUCCAUGUGACCAAUGCAGCAUUCUGCCCGUGUGAUCAAUGCAAACCAAUGCAGCGUUCUGUACAUGUGACCAAUGCAGCAUUCUGUCCAUGUGACCAAUGAAGCAUUCUGCCCAUGUGAUCAAUGCAAACCAAUGCAGCAUUCUGUCCAUGUGACCAAAGAAGCAUUCUGCCCAUGUGACCAAUGCAAACCAAUGCAGCAUUCUGCCCAUGUGACCAAUGCAAACCAAUGCAGCAUUCUGUACAUGUGACCAAUGCAGCAUUCUGUCCAUGUGAUCAAUGCAAAACCAAUGCAGCAUUCUGUCCAUGUGACCAAUGCAGCAUUCUGCCCAUGUGACCAAUGCAAACCAAUGCAGCAUUCUAUCCAUGUGAACCAAUGAAGCAUUCUGCCGAUGUGUCCAAUGCAGCAUUCUACCCAUGUGACCAAUGCAAACCAAUGCAGCAUUCUGUCCAUGUGACCAAUGCAAACCAAUGCAGCAUUCUGUCCAUGUGACCAAUGCAAACCAAUGCAGCAUUCUACCCAUGUGACCAAUGCAAACCAAUGCAGCAUUCUACCCAUGUGACCAAUAUCAUUCUACCAAUGCAGACCAAUACAGCAUUCUACCCAUGUGACCAAUGCAGACCAAUACAGCAUUCUGUCCAUGUGACCAAUGAAGCAUUCUGCCCAUG